AAAUAAAAACGUGAAAGAGUAAUGACGUCAUUGGGCUAUCCCAUGAGGCAAUGCGUACCGUGGUCCUUCGAGUAAACAAAACAAAAUGGAGGCUUGCUUGAACGUCGAGAAAGAACAGGACAAAGUCUUGAAGAAAUACAAAGCUAUUAGAGAACAUACAGAUACAACAUUGGGGGAUUUGGCUAACCACAUAUCUAAUCUACAAAACGAAAUAGUUAAUUCAAAUCAAGAUGAACUCUCACAACUACAGUGUCAAAUCCUCACACAAUCAGCCAAAAAAGUUAAAGAUACAGUUACGAGACUAGCUACCGAACAUAAAGAACUUCAUGGUGGAAUUUCUAAGAUUGGAAAAGCUAUAGACAGAAAUUUUAUAUCUGACAACACUGCAUGUAGUCACAGUGGAGUUUUUGAAGGAGAGAAAUCUGUUCUCUUAAAUGAAGUUAUUUGUGAGCACCUAUUGCGCCAAGGAAGGCUAGAUAUUGCAGAAGAACUUAUUAAGGAGGCACAUCUCCACUUGGACAGUUCAAAAAAAGAACCCUUCCAGGAGUUAAACAGAAUUUUGGAGGCAUGCCGAAACCACAAUUUAGACCCUGCUUUAGAGUGGGCAAAAGCCAGACACUCAGAAUUAAAGGAACGUGGGAGCUCCCUUGAAUUCAAACUCCACAAGCUUAAAUUUCUGGAUUAUUUAAAGCAAGGCCAACAAGAGGAAGCAAUCAGAUAUUCAAGACACUUUACUGAGUUUGCUGCUGCUAAUACUAAAGACAUCCAACAGCUGAUGGCAUGCCUCAUGUACACAAAAACUGGAAUAGAGAACUCUCCAUAUUCCUAUCUCCUUGACCCAGUACACUGGAUAGACAUCUGUGAUUUGUUUGCCAGAGAUGCUUGUGCAUUGCUUGGUUUAUCAUUAGAGAGCCCUCUUCAAGUAUGCAUAACAGCAGGAUGUAUUGCAUUGCCGUCUCUCUUACAAAUAAAACAAGUCAUACAACAGAAACAAGUUCCAGGUGUAUGGAGUUCCAAAGAUGAACUUCCUGUUGAGGUUGAUCUUGGCCACCAGUACCGUUACCACUCCAUCUUUGCUUGUCCAAUCCUAAGACAACAGUGUUCAGACUCCAAUCCCCCCGUACGACUAACAUGUGGUCAUGUGAUCUCACAAGAUGCAUUAUACAAGCUAACAAAUGGCAACAAAGUUAAAUGUCCCUACUGCCCCCUGGAGAUGUCCCCAAGUGAAGCCAGAGAGAUACGAUUUUAUUAGAUACUAUGUUAAAUGUAUUUGUAUAAAAUUAUAAAUAAUUAUAUAUUUCUUGAAAAAAGAUGCUUCACAUGGGAGGUAUAUGGAUAUUUUCUGGAGCUGUGCAAUAUCAAAGUCAUAGCUUAGUCAGUAGUACACAUGAUGCAGUAUUAUGAGUUCAUUGACUAUGAGUGCGAAGCUUACAUUAUUAAUUUUAAUCCGACAAAAUGAUAGACUUCUUGAGUGUAAUGUUAUCCCAUUCCAGACCAUGUCAUUCCUGAGUAUUAUCUGUUUAAUGGUUGCACAUGAGCAGACACAUGAAUAUGGAUACAACUCAAACAAAGAAUGUUAUUCUCAAGAAAAUGACAUAAUAGGAAACCAUUAUGCCCAAUGUAAAGAGCUGUAUUCUGAUACAAUUCAAAAGUUGUAUUUACUGAACAAGGUUGCAUCAUAACCCCCAAUAAUAUAGAAUUGCCAGUUAUCUUUCACUAACCAGCUCCACUGUAUGACUUCAGGAUAACCAAUCAAUCAAAAAAUUAGCUUACUGUUGUUAUUUUAAUGAUUAAAAUAGACUCUAAAACAUUUCAAUAUCUGGAGCUGUCUGGGUUAGAGAAACAUAUGCUUCAAACAUAAGACUGUAAUAAAUCCAUAUAACAUUUAUGCCAAACAUCUUCCCUCUCCUCACAUGACAACCCUGAUUAGGGGAUUGCUUUAUACUUGUCUAUAGUAACCCAGCUAAUUGAUAGAGGGCCCCUUGCUCCAGUUCCUGAUACUAAGGGUGAGAUAACAAAUCAGAGAACGGGAAAGCCCUAAAGUGCUAAAAAGAAUCCCCUGGGGGUACCCUUUGGGUACUUGGUCAAGUGCUCAUUCCAAUUAUUUAUAAAGUUUAAGAAUUUUAGCAUCUUUGUAAAAAGUAUUAGAACAGAAUGGAAAUAAAUGAUAUCAUUUUUGAAAUAA